AUGGUUGGCUCUGCCGGUGAUGGGACAGAUCCAAGGAUUACUUUUCCUGUCGCAGAGAUGAGAGUCAUCCCAACGGCAACUCGCAGAAACCAGGAGAUGUGGUUUAUUGCCGUCCUGCAGGUCGCUCUAUAUGUUAUUACCGGCCCUGCAUCGACGAUGUGGAGGAGUUUUUCGUCCUCGGGACGGUGCUGCGGAGGUUCAGGUCCAAUUCUCGCCACUGUUCCGGUACCAAGGCAGAGCCCCUUUGUUUUCCAGCAGAUGCUGCUCCACGGAGCCAUCGUUCUUUUCAAUGGGCAUCGCGAAGCAGAAGCCGAGGCGCAAGACCAUUUUACACAGACAGACUGGCAGAGCUGCCCGUCUUCGAAUCGCUGCGUCCUUCUGGUUAAGGCUGGCCGGUGGCAAAUCCGGCCCCACACCAUGCCCUGCCGGCGGGAGCUCCCUGGCCGAUCAGGGUGGGGAGAACGUGGCCGGCCGUGCAAGCAGUCGGAGAGUGCAGCCCGAGAUGCGCCAGAUGAGAGCUGA